UCUCCAACGUGGUUCAAUUCAGAGUUCCGGUGAACUGCGAUUAACUUUGAUUAGAGUUUAAUCUUUGGUCAACUUGUUUUGCUUUCCUUCAACUUUAUAUUCGUUCCGAUCAACUGAACGUACACCUUAUGCGUGUUAACUCUAACUAUAUUUGUAUCAAGUAAUGUGAUUGGUGCAUAAGUAAUGAUAGGUAAUGCUAGGUAACCGUGUCAUAACCGAACUCAAAACUUAUUUUUUCGGGAGAGUGUUCUGGUCAUUAAAAAUGGAUCAAAUAUCAAUAAUAGAUCAAGUACAAAAGUAUAAAAAACAAAGAACAAAAAAUUUUUCAGAAGCAGAGAAAAUGCUUCUUAUUGAAUUAGUGCAAGAGAGGCGUAAACUAUUAGAAAAUAAANUAACAAAUAAUGUUUCUGUAAAAGAAAAAGAAGAUUGUUGGAAAGACUUGCAAAUAAAUUUCAUGUCUCGUUNNAAGGGAACUGUACGGACUGUACAAGCUCUAAAAACAUGCUGGGAAAAUAUUAAAAAAAGGACCAAGAAACAAUAUGCUGAAGAGAAACAGGAGGUUUAUAAAACAGGAGGAGGACAAUAUAAGGCUAUAAAUGAUCCAAUAGCUGAACAAGUACGAGAAAUAAUAAGACCAGCAGUAGAAGGUUUAUCGAAUAUUUGUGAUAGUGACUGCAUCUCAGGAUUUGAAGAUACUGUCGAUAAAAAUGAAACAUUUGUAGAAGAAUGGCUAGAUGUAACAGAUGAUAGUGUUACAGAAAGAGACNAAGAUGAUAUAGAAAGAAACAAAAGUGGUACGGAAGAUGAAAGUAUUAAGGAAAGAAACGAAAGCGAUAUGAAAGACAAUGAUGAAUUUGAUAAGGAAAAUGACGUAUUAUUUAAUUUUCUUCAAAAAGAUAAAUUAAACUGGAAAAAUUGGAAUCCACAAAAAUUACAAACACCAAUUAGUAUUCCACUUAGAACAUCAGUGAAAAAAAAGUCUGCAGCAUUUGUGGAGCAUUUAGCCAGUACUAGUAGCCAAAAGAAAAAAUUAAAAGAAAAUGAUUUCGUGUCAUCAGCANUCAAGGAAACUGUCAGUAAAACAAACAAUCGAUUAAAACACAUAAGUAAUAACAAUCGCAAUACCAGACUUGUAAAAUUUGAUACAUUAGCAGAUUGUAAACUAGAGUUAGUAAAUUUACUGAUGGAUAACGGAAAAGAAAAACAUGAAUUUGAGACUGAAAUUUUAAAAACGCAAUUGCAAAAAGAAAAAGUACAACUUGAAAUAAUGCAAAAAGAAUUAGAAUUAAAAACUUUGAUCUUAGAAAGAGAACAGCAAAGAUUUAUAAACACGUCAUAAUUUCAAUAUGCAUAUUAUACCUUUUUUUGAUGAAUUAGUCUUGAAAGUUUUUAUUAUUUUCGUAAAGUGAAGUAAAAGUUCAUUUACAAUUAUCUUAAAUUUUCUGAAAAUGUUUAUUAAUGUUAUUUUUCUAUAAGGCUGUUUAAAUAACACUAUAAAACUAAAGGCCNAAAACUAAAUAUAAAACCAAAGAUGUUCCUGAUACAUUUUGNUUUCUGAACAUAGAAUGUAAGAUAAGAUUCUUUUCUUGUUGUUGUAUAAGAUUAAAACUAUUAAUGCAAAUGCUUUUUUAUAAAAUUAAAAAUGCAAAUAUAUUUUAUUUGCAUUUAAGAUAGUAUACUUUUAUAGUUCUUGCUAAGUAAAGUUUUGUUUACUAAAGA